AUGAUCUGGGUUACAAACAUUCCACUGUGGUAUUGUGGUAUGUACAUUUUUAUAAAUUUUAUAAAUUCAUGUGUGUACUGUCAGCAGAUGUGACGUUAUAAGCACUGGUCGAGGGAAGAUAUCCAGGUGUUUGAUAAGUGGCUUGGCUUGACUCCCUAUGGAUGUGAUACCACAAUUGAAUGGAUUUUCCAUGCAUUAUGCCAUCACAGAUUUGCAGCUGGGCUUCCUGAGUGGCGAGUAUUGAUCGGUGUGGAGUGUGAUUCACAGUGUGGGUGUGUGCAUGAUGAUGGGAGGUGCUCGUGCCCAAGCUCAGAGGGGUUCGCUGUUGCAGAUGCUACGGAUUAUACUGUUGGACAUUUAACAAGCACACACAGAUGACAACUCCUUUAAAGCUUCCUGUGAAUGAUCAGGAUGGUGUUGAGCUUGAGAAAAUAGGGGACCAUGUGUCUGAUGAGAUGGACAGUCCAUCCGGAAAGAUGACAGGCAAGUUGGUCGGUGGGUUAUGCAGGCUGAGCACCAUCUCAGAGCAAGAGCCAGACAAGCUGGACACUGAUUCCAUUUCCUAUUAUCCCCUGGGUGGCGGUGAACUGGGUGGAUCCAGCAUCUCCAUGUGUUCUGACAAGUUUAAGAACAGCAGCAGCCGUUUUUCCUCUGAUGAUUCAUGCCAGCCUGGCACUGGAGACGACUGUGCAUCACUUCUUCUCGCCUGUCUGCAUUGUCAUUACCAUGAGUUAAUGGUCCUGCUAUCGGAUAUGUGUGAGAGGGCUGUGAACCACUGUUUUCCCUCGUUCAAAUACAUCAAGGCGUCCAGUGAGAGAGACCAGCAGGGGAUGGACUGCUGCAAUUACACGCUGGAACUGGACUGUGACUGCUGUGGCUCCUGUCAGGACACAGGAGAACUCAUAGAGCUGGCCAUGGAGAUAUCAGAGGUGUGCUAUCGCUGAGAAAUUUAUUUGCGGCCUUUCACCUCUGACCUGCACACACACAAACACUGUAAAUUGUAAAAACUUGAAUGCUCAACAAACAGUUAGACUGUCUCAUAUUAUUCCCAUAGCCUAUAGUAUGUAAUAAACUGCUUGCAGUACUAAGGGUUUUUUAUAUUGGCCUCUUGUGGAAAUCCGCAUAAUCUGUAGCUUGUGUGCCUCAACAUGAGCUUUGAAACAGUGUAGAGUUGGUUGUUAUAAUAAAAGAAGAAAACAGCUAUCAGAGUAUAUAUGCCAGCCUCCUCGAUUAGUUUUAUAAAACACACUCGUCCCACCAAGCAGAGUAAUCAACGUCAACAUGCUGUCCCAUAAGGGUGGAAGAGGGGACAGAAGUCCUUUGCAAUUCUGGUGUCACUCCAUAAAGCAUGCCAGAGUAGGCUGAAGACAUUUUAGGUGACCGGGAAUCCUGGAGCGUGUUUUCAAAUAAUUAUCUAUCAGAAUUCAUUGAUAACAACUCGAGCCAUUCACAAUCUGGUCCAAGUGAAAGGAACAUGAAACUGAGCAGUCCCAGUAAGAGAAAGUUAUGAGAUGCUAA